GGAUAUUGGAUCGAUUGGGACAUAGGUCGACAAAUGACCUUGAUGAGACCUUCAAGUUGGAAUGAAAGACAGUGAGGGAGGGUUCUGCUUUCGAACACCUCUCCCAGUAUCUGGAUCACAGGACGGAACAUCGUUUUGUUCUGAAGCAAAACGACCUAGAUUGUGUCAUACACCAUCACGUGUUUCAAGUGUUUACAAUCGUAUUUUCGAUCGAAAAAUUAGCAGCGCAAAUAAAGAUAACGAAAGUCAUUCAGCGUCGAACGGGUCUUUCUUUGGAAGCCUGUUACCGUUUGCCGGUUUUAAAUCGCCAAUUCAUUCUGGUGAUGUUUGUCACUACUUUCUUCAAAGUUUACUACCAAACAAUCGUACACAAGCUUUGAAAAUGAAACAGUCAGCCGUGUUCAGUUCAACUCCGUUAAAUGGAAAUGUAAAGCCUUUAAAAAAUGGUCACAUUCCUUCACAAAGGCUAAUGUAUCAACGACUGUUAGAUAAAGCAGCAUUUCCACGGACUCCGUGUGUUAAACGGUCAAGCAGUCUCAGAGAAAUAAUCACUAUAGAUUUAGACGAUGAGAAUAAAAGUCAGCGUUUUUCGCUAUUACGAAGAUGUAAUCUUUCUCCAGUUAUUUCAAAUAACAAUAAUAAACUCCAGUCGUCAGUUGAACAAGCUGGUGUAAAUGAUCGUACUGUAGCAGCUGUCUCACCAGAUACUAGUGAUUCAGAAGUACGUGCAUGGCUUGAAAGUUGUGGAGAAUCACCGUAUCUAUCAGACAGUUGGCUUAAAAAUUUAACUUCAAGUUAUCGUGAUAAAAAGAAGGAACGUGAACGUGACUCUGAAUUAGCUCAGGCGAAUAUACAAUUUUGGGAAAAACAGCGUAAUUUAGCUGAAAAAGAGCGUAUUGACAAUCUUGAACAAAGACUUGCUUGUUUGUUAAGAACUCCGCCUAUCCUUGAAGAUCCGUAUUUAGUCCCCCAACCUAUUCCUAUUGAAUUACCAUAUAAGCCUGCCAAAGUUAAAGAACCUAAAGUACCUAGUCUACCAGUUUUAACUGCACCUCAAUUAGCUGAGGUUGAAGCGGCUCUUCGUAGUGGCUCUCCAGAUCAGGUGUUAGCAGAUAAAUUCAGAUUGGUUGUUACACGUCGCGAAUUAAUGACGUUGAGCGGUACAAAUUGGCUGAGUGAUAUGGUAAUAAAUUUCUACUUGCAGUUACUGCAACAUCGAAGUCAACGUCAAAAAAAUCUACCUCGUCUCGCUGUCUUAUCAACAUUUUUCUAUGCAAAAUUGACAUCACCAAAUGGUGGAGGUUAUCCUGGUGUACGACGUUGGACUCGUCAAAUGAAAUUAUUUGAUCAAGAUAUUGUACUUGUCCCAAUUCAUGAUAGAGGCAUGCAUUGGUGUCUGUCUUGUAUUGAUUUACGCGCCAAAAGUAUAACAUAUUAUGAUUCAAUGGGUGGGGGAAAUACAAAGUGUUUACAACAGUUGAUGGAUUAUUUAAAAAAUGAGUCCUUAGACAAAAGAAAUCUUGAACUCCCGGAUUCAGACUCUUGGGAAUUCAUCAACACGGAGGAUACUGUCCCCCAACAGUACAAUGGAUCUGAUUGUGGUGUAUUUAUGUGUACAUUCAGUGAAUUUAUUUCUCGUGGUGCACCAUUCACUUUUAGUCAGGAUGAUAUGCCAGGGAUACGUAAACGUAUGAUGUACGAGAUAUUGACUCAACAAUUAUUAACUACAAACUUCAAAUUGGAAGAUGAUCAAUCCACUUGAUCAGAUUAUUGUUGUUUAUUGCACUCGUUUGUGUAUUUAUGUAUGUAUUUAUUUAUUUAUGCAUUGUAUUUCAUAUAUAUGUAUUCCAAUGUUCUUUAUUCCUUUCUCCCCAUCUUCAGCCUUUCCUUUCACAUUUUCAUCUCCUCUUUUUGUUUCUGUCUGUAUGUGUAUUUGCGUCUGUGUGUGUGUGUAUGUGUGCGAGCGUGCGUCUGUGCAUAUUCCACAUGUAUGGAGAAAAAGCAAUGGCGUCUUAGGUUGUUCUUUUCUUUUUUUUUUGCUUAUCUAUCGUCCUCUACUGUUGUUAUGUGUAGCAACAGAACAUUGUUGGUCAGACACACACCUCUGCCGGCUGUCUCUUCCUCCUCCCCCACCACUACUCCUUGGUGCUUCAAAUUUCUUUUUUUUUUCUAGUAAAUAUUUUGUUUAUUUUUUGUUUUAUUUUAUUUUAUACCUGAGACUUUGUGUUCAGCAUUACAGAUCUUUUGUUUUGAUGUACUAUUAGUACUACUACUACUACUAGAGCGUCUCCGCCCCCGCGCUCCUGUACUGGAGGUCGUUAACAGUGUUGGUGGUGGUGCGACAACAACACUGAGAGGAAAACACCUUCAUUAUUUUAUUAUUAUUAUUGUUAAUAUUAAGAAUGUGUAAAUAUAACCUAUAUGUUUUUGA